AUGGCAACUCCGGUGACGAUAUACGGACCACCAUUGUCCACAGCAGUGUCUAGAGUCCUAGCUACUCUGAUCGAGAAAGAUGUGCCCUUUCAGCUCAUUCCCAUUGACCUGUCCAAAGGUGAACAGAAGAAGCCUGAGUACCUCAAGAUCCAGCCUUUUGGCCAAGUACCAGCUUUUAAAGAUGAGAGCAUCACCCUCUUUGAGUCAAGAGCAAUAAGCAGACACUUGUCAAAAGCAAAUAUAGAUCAAUGGGUAGAAACUGAGGGGCAGUCAUUUGGUCCGCCAAGCGGGGACUUGGUGCAUGACCUUCUAUUUAGUGAUGCCCCAGUAGGCGAAGCCUUGAUAAAGAAGAAUGUAGAGAAGUUGGCGAAAGUGCUUGACAUUUAUGAGCAGAAGCUUGGACAGAGUCGGUUCUUGGCUGGAGAUGAAUUUUCUUUUGCUGAUCUUUCACACCUGCCUAAUGGGGACUACUUAAUUAGUUCUACCGAUAAGGGAUAUCUGUCUACUUCCAGGAAGAAUGUGAACAGGUGGUGGAACGAGAUCUCUAACAGGCCAUCUUGGAAGAAGGUUCUUGGGAUGAGGAAAAAUGCUUGA